AUGAAUCGUGCAGUCGCGUUUGGUGAUCAUUCGCGAAAGAUGGCAACUUGGUACAGUUUGGACUGGUAUUCCGUUUCGGACGCGUUUCAGCUAUCCGGUGGUAGCUCGCUGAAUCCUCGAAAUCAUUUUCACUUGGCCCCAAUCCUAUUCAGCGUGUGCUAUUUACAUAACUGGUUGGCUUACCUUUCGCGCUUGGAACUGUACGGUUCGUGUCUGGGCUACUCACGCCCACUGAAUGCGGGCGCAUUGAACAGUAUGGCUUCGACUUGUCUGACUCCAGCCAGUUUGGGUUGUGGUCAAUGUGUUGCAUUCGAUGCUUGGCCGUUGUGGUUGUUGUGGCGUUUGAGUCGUGUAUUGUGUCGUUUUGUGGCAUUCUGUUUCGCUCGUCGUGUUUAUUCGGGUGGUUCGGUAGGAGAGUCUGUUGUUGACAGUAUCGCUCGUGUUCGUUUUCCGUUCAGUGAUUUGGACGAGAUCUGA